UGUAAACCACUUGGAAAAUUACUCCAGGCAUGCAAGUAUCAGAUAAAGCUUGACUACAGAAAAACAUUACAUUAGAUGAACAGAUGUCUUUCCUGAAAAAGAUCAAACCAGUGGCGAAGAAUGCUUUUCAUUCAGAGAAGGAUAUUUUAUCAAGACAUGCUGCCAGGAUCACAGCUGAAAUACAACAGGGUGAGAGGAAAGGUUAUAAUGAGGUGCUUAAUUUGUCUUCGGGUGAUCUUCAUAGUAUGGGGAUAAAACCCCUCACCUUCAUUCGUCAGGUCCUUGCUGCUUGUUUCUAUCCUGCCCUUUUGCAGGAUGAAUGUCUGCCUUUGGAUGUCAGAGAAAGAGCAAAAAGUCUCUUGAAAGAAUGUGAGGGUGGAAGUGUUGGCUCAUACACAGAUUCGAGUGGAAUCGCCAAAAUCAAACAGGGUGUGUCCAAGUUCAUUUCCAGCAGAGAUGGAGGAGUUCCUUCCUCACCUGAAAACAUCUUCCUCACUUCUGGCUCCCAGCGGGGUCUUAUGAUAAUGGUGAAGCUGCUUUUUCAGAGCAAGGACUCAUCGUGGCAGACAGGUGUGCUCAUACCCGUGCCCUCCUAUGCUUCAUUUAAUCUGGCACUGGCAGCACAGGGAAUUGUCAUGGUACCUUACCAGUUAUGUGAGGAGCAGGGCUGGACACUGAAGGUGGAAGAGCUUCACAGAGCGCUCCGUUCAGGCCGAACAACAUGCAAUCCCAUGGCGAUUUAUAUCUGCAACCCAGGAAAUCCAACUGGUCACAUACAGAGCAAGGAGUCGAUUAAAGAAGUGAUUCAGUUUGCUGCAGAAGAGAAGCUUCUCUUAAUGAUCGAUGAGGUGUACCAGAACUGUUUGUACGGAGACAGACCUGAGUUUUAUUCGUAUAAGAAAGUGUUAUCAGAAAUGGGCUCAACUGUGGAAUUAGUCUCCUUUAAUUCUGCCUCCAAAGGCUUCAUGGGAGAAUGUGGACUUCGUGGUGGCUACAUGGAGCUGGUGAAUUUUGACCCAACAGUUAUGCAAUAUAUACGUAAUUUUUUCUACACUGAGCACACCACACCAGUUUCUGGGCAAAUAGCAGUUGACCUCAUGGCCAAUCCUCCAAAGCCUGGAGAUCCUUCAUUUCCCAUCUUCUCUGAGGAGGUUGAGUCAACUAGAAAUACGAUUCGUAACAACAUUCAUCGCACUCAAAAGGUUUUGGAUGAACUGCCAGGGAUCAGCUGUCAGCCACUGAAGGGGGGAUUUUUUGUCUUUGCACGUCUGCAUGUCCCUCCGAAGGCAAUAGAAUGGGCCAAGAAUAGACAGAUGGAGCCUGACUUGCUUUACUGUUUGCAUUUACUGGAGGAGACCGGUCUGCAUGUGAGACCAGGCUGUGAAUUUGGACAAAAAAAGGAUACCCAUCACAUCAGGCUUUGUUUGGCGACUCAAGAGGAGAUCAUGGAAGAUGUUUUACAGAGACUGAAGACAUUCCACCUGCGCUUCAUGAAAGAGUUUUCUUAGCCAGUGCAGUCAUCUGACAAAUAAACUUUACGGACCAUGUCACACGAAGAAAAACAUGUCCAUUUCCAUUUUGUAUCAACAUAAAUAGAUAGUGGGUAGAAAACUGGUAAAGUUACACUUAAUCCAAUUUAUCCAGUAUGUGCCAGUGUUUGUAAAUUAUUAGAUUUGAUCGCAUCACUACUGUCAUUGUAUUGUCACGUUUCAUUUCCUGUUGCAUAAGAAACAUCUUUUUUAUGCAACAGAUUUCUGAGCAAAAGAAUGUUCCUGUCUAGUUUGUUUAAUGCACUAUUUCACCAGUUUCCCUUAUGUAAUUCGAGUAACAAGUGUGAAACUGUUUGGCCUGUUUGUCAAAAUCAUUGUCAGUGCUAUACUUUAUUUAAAAUAUAGCUUUUUAAGAAUCAUAAAAAUAAUCUUUGAUGAUAAAAAUCAUUUAUUUUCAAUAAUACAAUAUGGACAGUGCAGGGCAUAAAGCUGAGUCUGUAUUUUAUGAGUCUGUAUUGUUGCUCUUGGAUGGUUAGAUGUUUGAUUCUUGGAACCACAAUUGUUGUUGGUGUUUGAAACAAACUAAAACUCCUCUCAAAAAAUCACCAUGCAAAUUUAUUUUUGUUUGCAGUUGCAUUUACAAUACCAAUUGAAAAAACAAAUGAAAUACACUAACUUUAAAAAUCUUAUGCCACAGUUUAUUAAAAUGACAAGAAAAAUCCAUUACAGAAUUUACAAAGUUAGUGUUCAUAUAAAGUUAAAAUAAGUUUGUAGUCUUGUAUGUCAAUAUACUUUUAUUAUAAUUUUUGGGAUUGUAUAAGAAACACAUAGAGCACACAUGAAAAUGGUUUAGCAAAAUGUUACCAUUAAUUACAAGUAAUUACAAUUUAUAAACUUCUCCGCUAUAUUUAGCAUCAUUACCCUCCUAAAGCAAAAAGUGUUUUUGUUAUAAACAUUUAAUCUUUAGGUUUAUCCUGUUGUAUUCCCAUAAAAUCUCUGAAGAUGAAAUUUUCUCUCAAAACCUGGUAAAAAGCAUAUUUCUCUCUACACUGGGUGCAGAUAUAAACAUGUGUUUACUCUUGUACCUUAUUGUGCAUCCAAGAACGAUGUUUCACUUUUACUUUAUUCAGUUCUUUACUUUUCUCUGUUGUUUCUGUCAGGUCUAUAACAAAUAUUAAAAUGUUAAUUGAGGGCCACACAUUAAAAUAAGCAAACUCUAUCUAAUGGCUGUAAGAAAUAGAUGUCAAAAUAUUUUUUAAAUAACUAAUACCUCAAUACAAUUUAAAUAGCCUAUUUUCUAUAACAUUAUUUCCUAUCAUUUUUUUUACUAAACUAAGAAUGCAGCAGUUUAUCUGAAAUCAGACCUUUUUUGGAGUUUCAACAUGCCAUUUCCUUUUCCUUUAGUUUUGUGCUGUUCUUACACAAGGCAUUGCACAGUUUUCCCAACAUGAAGUUAGGAUAUGGCAUGAAAUAAAAUUUGGACAGCAUGUGUUUAA